AUGGUGUUCCGUUCAGUUUUUACACUCUACAUUGUGGCCCUGACGAUAAGUAGACUUUCCUUGGGUGACUCAACAGAAUGCACAGAGUUUUUCACACUGCUCGAAGAGAGAUCUUGCGGUUCAGCGAACACAACAGAGAUAAAACCGGCCAUCAUAAAUCCAACCACAUGGAAUAUUUCAAAGUACAAUGUACUUCACAACAGCAGAGAUUCGUAUUUGUAUCCAUCUGAAGAUUGUUUUCUCGAAUUGAAAUGUGACUAUGUAGAAACAGUCUGCCAUGAACCUGUUUAUGAUGCCAGUACCGUAAAAACUACGGAAAAUACGGAAACCAUCGAAACCACAGAAUCGGCGAAAACUACGGAAACCACUUCAAUAGAGCCUACAACGGAAUUAGAGACAUUAGAAACAACUACAGACAGUCCACUAGAAUGCAGACAUUUUGCAACAUACUUCGAAGUAAUUUCAUGUGAUACCACAAACUCGACAGUAGUCAAACCAGCUACAAGCGUAGAAGAUUCCAGCAUGCAACACAUUUUCACUGACAAUCCCAGCUGCCCCUUUGGUGGUGCUCCCGAAGAACAUUUCUUGCAGCUUGUAUGUGAAGACGUCGUCACAGUGUGUGGGAUGAACUCCACGACGAUUACGGGGAAGAUAACUAAAACUAAUUCAUCAAUGACCAACGCAUGGAUUGCUAUCGGCGCCAUAUGCUCUGUUGGUGCGGCAUCGUACCUAACGUACUACACCGCCGGAAAAAUCAAAGACAUCGUACAAAGCGGGACUUACUAUCUCCCCAAA